UGCUAGCCUCCUACCUUCCUUUUCUUUUCUAUUCCCUUUUGCUAUAUUUUGCAUUACUAGCGAUCGUAACCAAAUUUUUGCUAUGCUGUUCUGCCUAAUGUUUGACUCUCAUUGGCUACAAGUGGGUCAUAGGACUUUGAUCGCUGUGAUCAUCCUAAGACUCGUUAAUAGUGGCGCUCCCAGGCCACCCAGAAAGGGCCGCUUAAGGAGAAAAUGUUUCAAACUUGGAUUAUUUAACACCGCUCUAGUCCCCUUCUUUGCGACACUAUGGGCAAUAUCAUCGUCUCCAGUCUUCAUUCUCUAUUGCCAUUAUGCGCUUUCUGUCACUUCGUUUCGCUAGCGCUGCGGCGUUAACAGCCGCCGUGGGAAACUCUCUGUCAACAGACUCAGCGGCCGAGGAGAUCAUCACUCGCGAUGUUUGUAUUAUCGGGGGCGGUGCUUCAGGGGCAUAUGCUGCCAUCCAGCUUAAGGACCAGGGGCACAGUGUUGUCGUGGUCGAACGGAAGGACCGGCUAGGCGGGCAUUCAGUAACUCAAUACCUCCCCGGUGGCAGCCAUAUCAACUAUGGUGUUGAGGGGGUGUUCCGUGACACUGUCUCGACGGAGUUUUUAAAGCGGCUUGAUGUCGAGUAUGAACCGCUGCUCCCAGCCACUCCACUGACCGAUUACGUCGACUUCAAGACGGGCCAGAAGGUUCCUCCCAACAACAACAUCAUCAGCACUACGAUAGCGGUGCUGCUUUGGCGGGCCGCAAUAGAGCAAUUUAACUUUUUGAGCAGUGGACUCUACAACCUCCCGAAUCCCAUCCCGGAAGUACUGCUGCAGCCGCUUGGCGACUUCGUCAAGAAUCACGCCCUAGAAGGUGCUCUUAACCUCAUUUUCCAGUUCUCCUCUAACACAGGAAAGAUGCUCGAGACUCCGCUGCUCUACGUGCUCCAGAACUUCGGCAUUGCGCAUCUCAACGCACUGCUUGGGGGUUAUGUUAAACCGAGAGACGGCAUGGCGAAGAUUUACGACAGCGCUGGCGCAGUUCUAGGCUCGCAUAAUAUUCGUUAUCAAACGACUGCCAUCGAAGUGAAUCGCACUGACUCCGGAGUAAGCGUCCGAGUGCAGGACUCGACCACCGGCGCCCGCACACUCAUCAAGGCCAAGAAGCUCCUUGUUACUAUUCCACCAACCAUGGCCAACAUGCAGCCAUUCGACCUUAACGAGACCGAGGAGCGACUCUUCCGGAAAUGGGACUGGAAGACCUACUAUGUCGCCCUCAUCACCAACCACGGCAUCCCAGACAACUUCAACGUCGCCAACCUCGAUCCGACUCAACCCUACAGCCUGCCCAUUCCACCGUUUCAGUGGGAGCUCGAGUACAUGGGCGUUCCAGGCUAUCACAUCAGCAAGAUCGUCGGAGACCGCAACUUUACGCAGCAGGAUGCCAAUAACCUCGUCCUGGCCGACAUUCAGCGCAUGGCGGGCACUUACCCCAUCCGAGAGCCCACCAUCGUGGCGUAUGGAGACCACACGCCCACAACGAUGCGGGUGUCAGUCGAGGACGUCCGGAACGGGUUUUAUCGAGACUUGUACGCGCUACAGGGCAAGAGAAGCACAUAUUACUCUGGCUUGUCGUUUUGCUCGGACUAUUCGUCGCUGAUUUGGGCGUAUACGAAGGAUGUCACUGCCGAGAUGUUUGCUUGAGACGAGUUGACUGACGCAAUGUAAUGGUACUUUACGAUAGUUUAAAAGUGGAAAAUGUUAAAUCGG